ACUUAAAUCAGUGCUUAUUUCCAGGGCUGAGGGCAUGUGUUCUGUCAUCACUGUAUGUCAAAGGACUUGGAUGUGAAGUGCUUUGUGUAUGCAGCUUGGGAGGAUUGGAUGCUGAGGAAAGAAAGCAGAGUUUGAGAUGAGGACACCUGAUGAUCUCUCCAGGCAAAUUGUGGCCUUGCAGCAAAGGGAGCUUGUGCUGAAAGAGCAGAACUCUACCAUCACAAACAGUGCCCGAAUACUGGAGAAGGCCCGGCAGCAGCUGCAGGAGGAAAUACUACAGAUUCAGAGCCAGCUCCUGGAUGAGAAGAAGAAGCGCGAGCAGCACGAAGCCCUGGUCAGGCGGCUGCAGAAACGUGUGCUGCUGCUCACCAAGGAGCGUGAUGGGAUGCGAGCAAUCCUGGAGUCGUACGACAGCGAGCUGACCCCCGCCGAGCACUCCCCGCAGCUGAACCGGCGCAUGCGGGAGGCCGAGGAGAUGGUGCAGAAGCUGCACGCUCACAACGCCGAGCUGGAGGUUCAGAUGUCUCAAGUCCUGGAAGAAGUGGGAAAUCAGAAGCAAAGAGCAGAGAUGCUGGAGGUGGAGAUGAAGGUCCUGAAGUCUCGAGAGUGCACCGCAGAGCAGAGUACUUUCAUCACCAAGGAGGAGGUUGACACACUCAGGCUGAAGAUUGAGGAGCUGGAAGCUGAACGCAGCAAGAUGGAAGAGCAGAACAGAUCUCUGGAAAUGAAACUGGAGAAGCUAACUAUGCAGGGUGACUAUGACCCCAGCAAAACCAAAGUGCUUCAUUUCAGCAUGAACCCAGCAAGCCUGGCCAAGCAGCAGCGCAAGGAGGAGCAGCAGCAGCUGCAGGAGGAGUGCGAGAGGCUGAGGGAGCUGGUGAGGGUGCUCGAAGCCGGCGGCUCCAUCCAUGGGAAUCUGGAAGGAGUUGGGAGCUUCCAGUCACCGCAGGAAGUUGCAGAGCUGAAGAAGCAAGUGGAAAGCGCAGAACUGAAAAACCAGCGUCUGAAAGAGAUUUUUCAGACCAAGAUCCAGGAGUUUCGCAAGGUCUGUUACACGCUCACUGGGUACCAGAUCGACAUCACCACCGAGAACCAGUAUCGACUCACCUCCAUUUACGCCGAGCACCAAGGAGACUGCCUGCUCUUUAAGGCCUCCAGCCCCUCUGGUGGAAAAAUGCAACUUCUGGAAAACGAGUUCUCGCGGACCAUCCGGGAGCUCAUCGAGCUGCACCUGCUGCACCAGGACAGCAUCCCAGCCUUCCUCAGCGCCCUCACCCUGGAGCUGUUCAGUCGCCAGACCAUCGCGUAGCGUGCAGACCUGCCAGCCAGGCCCGGAGCGCCCCAGGGCAGGACACUGCCUCAGCCACAGUGUUCAGCAGGUAGUGAGGAUGAGCUCUCCCCUCCCACCCUUCAGUCAUGGCAUUGGGUUGCUUCUGUUUUGCAGGAAGCUCCUUAUUCCCACUUCUUCCACGCUGAUACCCAAACCCCACAGUUUUCUCUGAGAAGCAUCGUUUCCCUCCUGGGUGAGAGCUCUAUCCUAGGUCUCUCCUCUGCAGAGGUGGAGAAUGGGUCUUGCAUUCUCCACCUUUGAACUGUAGAAGGCAUUCAUCACUCCCCAGACCACCUCAGCAUUCCUCUGGGAAUUGCUGCUUUGGGGAGCCAUGCCUUUUGCCAAAAGCUUCCCCCAAAUCCAAGACCUGCAGAGAUAGGGGUGGGCUUUGAGGGUGGCAGGUUCCUUCUGGAUACCUCCUGCUCUUGCAUACAGUUCAUCACUCACGGGGGUUGGAAUUAUUUCCAAAAUAGCCCGUCACCUGAGCUCGCCCCCAAGGUGCCAGCCCCUGCUCUGCCAUCACUGAGCACACAUGAACAAGAAUAAAUGGACUUUCGAAGAUCCUACACGUGUGUUUGACACCUCUAUGUCUGUGGUGCGCUCAGAUGCCAGCCCCACGCUAUUUGUUCCUCACUGGGGGGACCCUUGGCCUCUUGGUUGUCUCAGGAAUGUGGGAGGUGGCAGGGAGCCCAUCAGGGUGCUGGCUCUCCCCUUGCUGGGGAUGUCCUUCCUCCUGCAAGCUUUUCUUUCCUGGGUGAGGCACUCCUGAAGGCUGACAUUUUGUGUUGCAAUGGACGUACCUCUUCUAUCCUAAGAAUAAAGUGUCACUUCCCAAACUGGAUGUACGACUCCUUUAUUGGGGAGGUACACCGUGCUCCCCCCAUGCUCUCCCAUGUAUGAAGUGCAGUAACGAAUCGUACCUCGGUGGUUCAGCGCUGGUACUGCAUUGAGAAGGAAGGACAUCAUCACCUCAGUUUUGCCAGGCAAGUCUCAUUCGUGCUGUAAACAAGAUUAGUUUGUUAUGAACUUCUGUGUAUAUUGAUUUCCUCUUGAUAUCAGCAGGAACACACUUCCUAAGCUUGGAGAGAACGUAGCAGUAAGCAGGCCAGCAAGUGAGCUUCGAUGCUUACGGGCUUCAUGCCAAAACCGAGGGUCUCUGCGCAGUGCCCAGCCCAGCAGCAGCUUCCAGGCAGACAGUGCUGCUGAGUAUUGACAGAUGGACAAGAAAACAUGCAGUACACACAGGACUUCCUGCAGACAGCCUGUUCUAAUCCCCUGUGCAGCCCCUGCAGUUACUGUGCCAUCCUUUUGACACAACACGAGCAGACAUGCAAUGGGCUCAGUCCCAGGGAUACCCCAUGCCAGCACACAACGGGUCAUGUUUACUGCCGCUGGUGAUGCUGGGGCUGGCUCCUUCCCACCUGCUGAAGGCACUUCGCCGUCCCUUUGGAGCAGCGUGUUGUGGCUCAGCUCUCCUGAGCAGCCCUGCAAGCUCUGGAGUUUGUCGUGAAGGUUUUCUGCACUGUGAAAGGCCGGGCCUGGCUGCACCCAGCUCCAGGGCUCUUUUCCACUUUCCUGCACAACACUUGGUGUCAGGCUGUGAGUGAUGCUGGCACCAUCCAGUCCCUCUGAAAUGGACCAUGCCUCACACCUUAGUGCUCCAGAUCCCCCAAUCCUCAGUGCCCUAGAGCAACUCUUCGUGAUGCCCUUGAUCACCACCCUCUGCUCUUCCAUGCCCUCGAUCUCUGCUUCUUGCUUACCUACACCUCAGCUCCUUGAUUACCAACAUCUCUGCUCCUCCAUGCCCUGCAUCUCUGCUUCUUCUCAUCCUGGCUCUCUGUUCCUUGAUGAUCUACAUCUUUGCUCUUUGAUGCCCUAGAUUUUCACUUAUCAGUGCCCUAGAUCUCUGCCUGCUGCAAAGACUGCUCCUCUCCCAGCAGAUGAUUCCUGCACUACUUCCACCAAUUUGAGAGUAACUGGAUGCUUUCAGCCCUGGGUCUUGUUCUUGGUGCGUGUCCAUCCUGUCUGUUACAGCAAGGUAAGCAUCUCUUCCUCCAUUGUGUGUAUUUAAACCAAGGUGCCCACAAGCAAAGACUGUAUCUCUCAGCAGCAUUGCAUGUUUGGGGUGCACAGCCUCAGAUAAAGGGGACAGGGAGCGGGCUGAGCACUGCAAGCCAGCGUGGUGAUGGUCCUUCUGCCCCUGGUCACCUUGGGCUUGCCUCUGACAGCUCAUUACAGCUUGUCUUUGAUCACUUGCCUCUCCCCCUCUCUGUGCUUGGAAAUGCUGGAGAGCUUUCCUGACUGAUAUUAUCAAAAAGGACGUUUUUAUUUCUAAAAUAUACAGUGUAAUUAGAACUGCAAAGGAAGAGAGCAGCCAGUCCAUAAAAACACCCGCUCUGCGACAGUCUCUGUCCUGACCCUGUGGGAACUGAGAACAAAAGACUCCUGGAUUUUGGGGAGAACUAGGCAGUUUCCCAAAUAACGGGAGCAGCCCUCAGGUCCCAGCCAAAAAGGGUUCUUCCACUGCAUGGGAAGGGUUUGCUGUGGAAAUGCUCUCACUCAUAGCUGAACAUGCUUUGCUGAAUUGGGACCCAUUGGAAGCAUGGAUUGAAUAGCUUCAACCAGCAGCACAGACUCUCACCUAACCCAUCACCAUGCAAAUGCACCUUCUGACAGAGUGAUUGAAAGCCCCACAGCCACACACAGUGUUGUUAGCAUAUUUCCAGCUUUGCAGGGCCCUCUCCCACAGGCAGCUCCAUCCUAUGGCAUGGGAGGGCAGCGCUUCUCCUCUGCCAGCUGCUGGCCAUGGGCAGGGGCCGCCUAACAGAGACCCAGCUCCCAUCCUUCCCAUCUCUACGGCUGCCCUGGGAAACAGCUGACUUCUUAAAAAUUGAUGGGGUUCAUUUCCUGCCUCUGUGCACUUAAAGCAUCAGCUCUGCCACUACCAGCAACGUCCACAUUAAUUACUAUCAUAACACAAGUACCUUUGUGUGUGCUGCCUUGCCUGGAGAGUCUGUCCCAGCAGUGACCUGCAUUUUGCUCCCGUUGAGACCUUGCCCAUGGCUGAGGUUUCCAGAGCUGCAGCAUGCACAGCAACAAAGCUGGGAUAGCCCCAGAGGAGGAGAGGCAGCAGGAAGGGUCUGCACACAGAUCCUCUCUGAUGCAGGCUCAGAGGUUCACCUGGAGCACGGGACUCUCCUUCCCCUCCUCCCUGUGUCCUAUUGAGCAGCAGCACCUCUGGGUCUGUGGCUUAUCAAUGUCUUUCUGGUAGGGUUGGAUCGUAGGAAAAAUUAAUUCUAGAAAGAGCGGAGGUGCUUUGGCACAAGCUGCCCAGGAAAGUGGUGUAGUCAUUGUCCUGGAGGUGUUCCAGAUCCGUGGAGAUGUGGCACUGAGGGACAUGGUUAAGGGGCAUGGUGGGAUGGGUUGUGCUUGAUGAUCUUAGAGGUCUUUUUUCCAACCUUAAUGAUCCUGUGAUUCUCCGCAUGGUGUAAAUUAAUUAAAUGUUCACUGGCGGUGAGAGGCUGAUUCCAUGGCUGGGUGGUGGAAGUGCUUCCCCCAAGACUGUCUGGAGUGCCCACACUGAAUGCUCUCAGCUCCAAGCCCCAGGGCGCAGCCUUCAGCAUUCCACCACUAAGACCCUCCAAACAGAAAUUUCCAGUUUCCAAGUAAAAAAAAAAAUCUGGUCAUGGAAAAACGCCCAGCUCACUCGAACAUAGCUGCUGGGGUUGGGGCCGGGCCAUGCUGGUCUGCUUUUCAGUGCCCUGUGGACUGCAGAAAAUUAUGAAUUCUUUUUUUUUUGGCAUAAAAUUAUGAUUAUCCAGUGUUUAACACAAGCAUGUCUUAGACCGUGAAAUGACUUGCAUGAGAGAGAUAAAACACUGGAAAUUAAGAGGAAGCAGGAGCCAGCAGCUGAAAAGAUCAUUGGAAAAGCCUGCUCAGCAUGGACCAAAGAGCUCCGACCCAGGUAUCAUACAGCCUCAUCAAAAACCUGACCAAGGGUGUCCUCUGAGCACGUGAAGCAACCAAAACAAGGAUCUCAAGGAGACUGAUGCGUGCUGGAGAACGCAUCCAGAAUACUUCGUCGCUGCCUUUUCCUAUCCACCUAAAAAUCCCCAAAGGCCUGCAGGCAACUGGUAACAGUUCCUCAGAAAAAGGUCUAGGAAUUAUAGCAGGUCAUGAGCUGAACAUGAGUUAUCAGUGUCGCAUCAAGAGGCAGAGAGUGCCCUGGGAGAUGCGAGCAGCAGCGUGGCCUACCCAGGCUCCCCACAUCAUCUCUCUUGCCCAUUCAGGGCUGGUGAGGUCUACACUGGAGCAAAUGCUGGUAUCGGCAGCUCGUGUCAAAAGGGAGGCAGCACCGCUGCAGUCAGCACGCAGGGAACAGUGAGAAUGAUCAGAGGUCUACAAGACAUGACCUACAAAGGAAGAUUGAAAGAACUGGGUUAUUUAGCCUAAAAGAGAUGAUGGGAGAAGAGAUGUGAUAACAGUCCUCAAGUGCUUAAAAGGCUGCUGCCAAGGGGGAGAGAAUAAUCUGUUCUUUAUGUCCAUGGUGGACAGGACAAGAAAUAAUCGGCUUAAAUUACAGCAAGAGAAAUCAGGUUAGACACCGGGACAAAACCGACGAGGCUGAAGCUGGGCAGAGAACGACAGCGGUGCUCUUGGAGGCAGAGGGGUUCUGUCGGGUUGGGAUCGCUGUGGGGAGAGGCCGAUGUGCUUCCACGUCCCGGCGGUGCCUUUGACACGAGGUUUGGUGCUGCUGCAUUUCCCAAAGCAAGGUCACGCUUCAGCGCUUGCUGCUGCUGGGGGGGGAUGAAUCCCAGCCGCUUUGUCUUGGGAGAACUUCUAAGACAGCAAAACGUGAUUUUGCGGCAAACUGGGGGCACGAGUCGACAUUUUCGGUUAUUUUUCUUGCAGUGAAAAAAACUUGAAAGUGUUUUUUUUUUUCUCCCAUCUGUUUCAGCCAUCCUAUUGCAACACAAACAGAGCAGAGUGCCCCAGCCAUGCCCCACGGGCAAGCCAAAAUGACAUAGUCCAAACGAAACCUGUUUGAUAACAUCCUUGCUGAAAACAUCAGAGAACUCAAUCUCUUCCAUUCCAAACAAUUAGAUGGAGUUGAAACAUAUUUUCUGAGUGAGGAGAUUGCCCUGAGAUGUUUUUCAGCUGGCUCAGACGGUUCUUGCUACCAGAGAGGCAAAAAGAAAGGCACACACGUGUCCAAGAGCAGCACGGUGCUGCUGAGUGUGCACCGUUGGCCAAAGAUGGAGAGCUGCCGUGUUCUCAGGAGAGAUGAUGAUUAGCACUGGAUUCCAAGAGCAAUCCUUUAUUUUAAAACCUGCCUCCUAAUUCAUUUUAUAUUUACCCAUAAAAUGUUGGCCAAGGUUUCUGAGAGCUGCGGACUUUUGGAAAGGCCAAGUUUCCAGCAGAGCUGACUCAGCAGAAGCUCUCCUGAUUGAAGCGGUGCCUGUGUGAGUUCAUACCACCCUGGGGCAGGGAUGGAAACAGAGGAGCUGGGCUCUCCCUGGCUUUGUUUUCUGCAAGGAGCAAAGCUUGCUGCUUGGCCUGAGGGGCUGGGAAGGGAAAGUGCAGAAUUAUCCCUGCUUGUUUCCCCCCUGCUGCGCAUCCUGACUUUUGUUCACUUGCAGUUUAGUACCUCUAAGAUGAGAAUCAAAAGAAAGAAGAAAAAGUAAGAAAUAACAACAACAAAAAAGAUGAAAACCCUGUAAGUAAUUAGUUUUCAGCCUCUCUGCCCAGCAUCAAGGAGGGAUGCGGAAAAUACCCAGAUUAUUAAAACAUCCCCCUGCUUCUACCCAGGAUGCUCUGGGACAGGCAUCCCAGCUCCCUCCCACACCACAGUGGAAGUACACUGGGACUUGGACUAAUUCUAACAUAGCCCCUGGUGCCGAGUCUGUUUCUGCCUUCCUUUUCCCCUGUUGCUGAUCGCCCUAGUUGUUCCCCUGGCUCCUGGGCACAAUGGCAAUACCUCCCCUUUCUGUGUUUGUGGGGCAGUGGUGUCCCAAGCAGCUGUUGCCUGGGAGGUGAGGUCUCAUCUGCAGAGCCUGGCCUUCAUCCUCAUGCUAUUGUGGGCCCUCCUCAUCGAAGGGUUGGGAAGAGAAGAAUAUGAUACUGCAGACUGCAGUGGGGUCCUAUCCCAGGUGGACUAAGCUUCCUUUGCUUCAAGAAAAAAUUAGGAUGGAGGAAAAAUCAGAAGAGUGCUGAAAGUUGCCCAUCUCAUACCUUGGAGAGGAGCUGCUUCUGAUAUCUCUUACAAGGCAUUUGAGUGGUGGCCAGGCUAUGAAAUACAGCCAAGGCUUUUUGAAUUGACAGCUCAUUCCACACACAAGCAAAGCCCGAAAGACAGUCCAGAGCUGCAUAAUAAUAGUGGGCUAAUAGAUAAGUACAUAACAAAAACCUAAUGAGAACACCAGUAUCUCCUAAGUUCAGCUUCAUUCAGAAAGCCAAGAAUAUGGAAUUGUGUCAAUUUGUGUCCAAUGGCCAUAAUGAACAUGCCACAGGAGAUGCCCAGAAGGAAUAAUACCAUAAGUUGGCAAGGUCGCAGCUGCAUUCAUCUCCUCAAACAAGAGCUGGUCACCCAUAGUCCAGCAGUAUCAAAGACCAGUCCAUCAGUUCCAAUGUUAUUUCCACCUUCAAGUAUGGGUGGGAACACUCAAUCUGACAGCAGCCCCAAGAGAUGUGUCACUAGUGUGAGAGCCAAUGCUGGAAGGCCAUCCAGGGGCAUGAAGCAGAGUUAAUUUAUUCUAGCUAAUGCUGAGGAUCAUCAGAGGGUUCAAACCUCCACCACCACCUAGUCCUUUGGAGAAGGCUGUGGGCACAUGUCUGGGACGCGCAUCAGUAAUGACCCAUCGCAGUUGGAGUCUGCAGCCCCAAACCCGCAUUUUGGGCACCCUACACCUGGCUGGGCAGUGGCUGGCACUGACUUGGGAGCUCUGUUCUCCUUUCCUGGGGGGCUAAAAGCUGGGUACAGGGUGGUUGUCAUCCCCAUGGUGUCAGCUGUGGGGACAGGAGCAGGAAGGCCCCACCGAGGACCUUCUCCCCAGGUUGUUUGCAGGGGAAUCGGAGUGACUGGAAGCCAGUGGGCCUCCAAGCGUUGCACAACGUUAUUCAUGUAGCAGCUAAUGGAGCUUACUCAAUCCAUAAAGAUUUUAAGUCAGGAGUUUGAUGUUAAUUAUGGACCAAAACAUUUAAUAGCCCGUUACACUUCCACGAGGCAUUUUUUUAAUUAAAAAAUGAUAUAUUGCAGAAAAGGGAAAAAAACAGAGGGGAAUAAUUGAAGAUUGUUUUAUUCUGGAAUGACCCGAGGCAGGGAAGGCAGCAAGGAGCCGGCGUGUCGGGGAACGUGAUGGUAAUGGCAUGGACCUGGCAGCAUGGGAAGAGCAGAGUGAGGAAGGAGCAGCCAAACCUCUAGGAGAAGGGAGAAGGAGCCCUGGGACAGGUGGGUGGGUGAACAUCCCAGGGGUCUGGGCACUGCGCUGGCCUGCCCGACCUCUCCAGUCAUCUGUCUGUGCUACAGAAGACCUUGGUUCAAACCCUUCUUUCUGCAUCUCUAUCAGCUAUCUCUCAGGAAAAACAGCUAAACCCCCAGGGUGGAAAUUAGCCUGGAAGAUGUCGGGGUUGAAGAAAAUCUGACAUGUCUCGCUCUGACACUACUCCAUUUUUCAUUCAACAUUUAAGGAUGAGUUGGAGCAGGGGCUGGCUUCAGAUGCAUUCAGAUGGGAUGUGCAAAAUGGAACAGCUUCAGCAGAGCAAGCCAGCACUUCCCAUGCCCAGCCUGCCCCAAAUGGUGCCCGCUGGGUGGUGAAGGUGAGCCUCCAUCUGGGAGGCUGCUAUCCAGCUAACUCAAGAGGGGAGGAGGAGAAACGGGAUGGGAGCGUGUCCUGGGGGUGCCCAGGAAAAGUUAGGACGGCUGCUGAUCAUUGGAAGGAGCUGGAGUAUGAUCCCCACGCUUGCACAAGUCCUCCCGUGGCUCCCGCUCUGCACAUUGCUGUUGUUCGCUUCCCCCAACUCUACAAUGGAAAUAAUAUUACUCCCUCCUUACAGGGCUUUGAGAUGCUCAGUUACUAUGGUGAUGGGGCCAUAAAAGUACCAAAGAUAGCAAGAACAAUAAUAAUAUCAGACAUGGUAAGAGCCAAAUAAUUGCAUUUAGGGCACGCACACAACACAGAAGAGAGAGCCACCUCCACGCACCACAGCGCUCGGGCUCCGAAGACAACUUGUUACACCAGCGGGCUCACAGCCUAUUUAAGGGCUCAUUUCCAAUUCCUGCGCCGUCCGCCCAAGGGCGAGGAGCAGCCACAGCUCUGCGCCCACUCCCACCUCUCCCCGGCAGCAGCCACAGAGCAGGGAGCAGUGGAUGAGGCCCUUUGCCAACACCGACAUCAGACGUUCCGUGCACCAGCGCUGUCACACCACGUCCCCGCAGACGUGCGGCCGCCACGUUGUUCGACCAGCUGAGCGUUUCCCCCAGCACAAUGCUGCCGGCGGUGUGGCUCCUUUGUCUCUGCUGCUUUGUCUCUUGCCUCAUUUUUUUUUUUCUUUUUUUCUUUUGAAAUGUAUGGGGUUUUAAUUGAAAAAAAAAAAAAGAUGCAUAGCAUCUGUGGCUGCUUAAUAACACCUGUGCAUGGCAAGGCUGCUUUUCAGCAGCAGUUGUCACAGUGUUCUCGUCUGUGCAGGGCUGAGCUGGUGCUGCGUGGCUCCCUUGGAACUGCUCAGGCAGGAGCCAUCCUCGCAGGGCACAUCAUUAACUGGCGAUGCAAAACAAGGUGCUGUUAAAAAAAUAUGAGCGACAAGCCCUCUAACGAGUGGGAUGCUCAGGGAUGUGCAGGCAUGAGUUUGCCAUGCCCCUAUGGGAGCGGUGCCUGCAGGCAGCCAAGGGGCAGUGCAUUUCGGCUUUUACUUCAGCUCUGCACCCCGAUCCUUGGUGGGCACCCACAUCCUUCAGACCUGGGAAGCUCAGGUGGGAUCCAAAUCCCAGUCCCCGUUGGGUGAAUGAAUAAAGUCCUGUUCCCAGACGGUGGAGGAGUUUGGUCAGGGAAUAGAAGAGCAGCACAGCAAACAUCUCCGUGUCCAGCCCUGUGUGAUGCAGCUCUGCAGAGCCCCGUGAAACCCAGGGCAUUUAUGCAGCACCCUUCAGGCACUUCCCUUCAGCUCAGCCGAUGCAUUCAGGCUUUGAAUUUCCCUCAUCUCUCAGAGUACAUUAAAAAAUCAAUGUAAUUACACAGCAAACAUUAAUUAUGAUCAAAAAUGCAGCUGAGAGGGAUUGAUCUGGAGGAGAUCGCAAGGCUGUAGCUAGCCAUGGAACUGCCAAAAAAUCAGCUCAGGGAGGCUGAGGCCACAGGGACGUGUGUCCUGUCUGAACAGCAAGGCGUCCUUGGGGACACCUGGAUUGGUGGUUUCUGCCUCUGAUUUUCUCUUAUGUCAGGCAUGGGGAUGGGUGAGCUCCAUGGAGAUGGAGCAGCUUCCUGGUCACCAUGGCCACAUCGGUGAGGUGAGUGGUGCAGAGCCCUCUCAGAUGUUACCAUAAAGCAUGUGAACAACUCAGCCUGGCAAUUUGCUCACAGUAAAGCCAUCUUCAUCUCCAGCUUCUUCCCCUAGACCCCAGUAGGCUCUUGGAGCUCACCAGGGAUGAGGCUCCCCUGCACCCUGCCCUGUCUCUUGGCCAGCCUUAUUCUUAGGAAGCUUCCCCUGAGCAUCUAACCCAACCUGGCUGCACUUCAAGCCUAUUACAUCUUGUCCAACUAGCCACCAAUUGAUCACCAUCAUCUUUAUAACUGCCCUUUCCAUUCUGGAUGAAUGUUACACAUUGCCUUGCUCUCAGUCUCUGUCCUGGCUCACAAACCCAGCUCCUUUAGUCCAUCUUCCUGGAGCAUGUUUUUCCAAACACUCCGAACUCUCUCAAUUUGUCUGAAUUUCUCUGAAAGUUGUGAUGGCCAAACCUGGAGAUAUGUAUCUCCUGCUGUUGCCUUACCAGCACUGAAUAGAGCCAAAUAAAUUACCUUGCUGUCUUCCAUCUGAAACUAUUAAUACAUCUCCAGGCAAGAUGUGCCUUUUCUUUCCUUUCCUAAAGCAUCAGGUUAUUGUCUGCUGCUCAGUUUGAGGGCUACUCUGCUGCCCGAGCCUUGGCCGCUCUCCUGCUGGCGUACCAGCUCUUCCCCAUCUUACAUCUGCGAUUUUGAUAUCGCCUUCCUAAGUGAAGCACUUUGCACUUGGCUUUAUUGAAUUUCAGUGUAUUGAUUUCAAGCCAUUUCUCCAAUUUAUCAAAAUCAUUUUGCUCUGAGGAAUCUUGCAGCAGCUUGUCUUGCAUCUGCUCUGUUGACAAAAGGUCUUUAGUCCUCAAGGCUAUCAAGCCAGGACUGUGUAGUAGUCCUUAAAAUAGCCAGAAAGUACCAUACAGAAGGCAUGGGGACAACAGAAGAUGGAGGUUUUAGACUGGUUUGCACAGAAAUGGCCACACAGGGUGCAGAAACAGCAGGAGGAGAUGGGGUGAAGCACUGCAAGCAUGGUGGGAAUGCUAAUGGGUCCUGGGGUGAAAGCAGGGCUGUGAGAUGCUGGAAGCCUGUUGCCGGCCUGGGUGGGUGGUGGAGGCAUGAGCCCUGGGGUUUAAUGGUUCCUCUUUCUUUUCAGGUCUGUGUGUGAUGAGCUGCCCUGUUCCCCCUUGGGGCUUGCAUGGGGACACCCUGCAGCACCAGAUGUUAAUGGCACUGCGUGGGGACAGCAAAACCUGGAUGAAGAGACUGGAGUCCAUCAACCAGGCGGAAGGCGAAGAGGCCGAGCUUCAGCUGCACACACAGCAGGAGGGACGGGGAAUGCGCCGGGAGCGAGAUGCAAACAGACCCAGCGAGGGGGUAAAGCAGAGGCGUCGCAGAGGGGCUGGAAGAGAAAAUGGUUUCCUUGGGAAAAGGCUGGCAAGCCUCAGCUGGAAAGAGACAGCGAGGAAGAGAUGGGAGAGCUCUGAGUAGGAGAGAGAAGAGGAGCAAGGUUUGGGUAAAGCCGAGCUCACCCCAGCCCUUGACAUGGUAAUGAUGCAGACACAGACGUGUGAUAAGCUCUGCUCUGCACACACUUUAAAAUCUAAGUAGCUUAUGAAUAAGUAAUAAUCCCUAUUCCCAGUGCCAUAAUCUAUAUUUAAUUAAGAAAAUAACUAAACGGUGGGAGUAAAAGGGGCUGUGUGGGGAAAUGGAGGCAGAAGCACUUGGAGAUAAGCUGUGGUGGGAAUGGGGACAAAAGGCAGACUCAGCGUGGGCAUGGUGGCAUGGUGGGGCUGCUGGGCUGGGCACAGGGUGACCUGCAGGAGGAGGUCUGCCCCAGCUGCUUCUGGGGUCAGCACUGAGCUGAAUGCUGCACAGCUGGGUCGUUGGUGUGCUGUGGGACUUCGUGUUCCCUCCUGUUCAGUGCAGAUUGCAUGGAAAGUGAUAAUCCAGCAUGCCCAAGCAGCCCAAACCCUGCGUUUAACAGCACCCAAAUCAGAGCCUUUGAUACCGUUACAACAAGCUGCUUGGUGCCUGCAUCUUAAGAAGUUUCUGUGAUAAAGCAUCCUUGGCAGGAUGCUCCAAAUGUCUUGCACUGACACAGGAAAGUGAGCCCUGCCAGAAUAACCCAUGCUGAGAUGCGAAGGGAGCAUUGCAGGUGGUGCCAAGGGGAGUUCUGAUCAACCUCCCACUUUGGACAAGAGCAGAGUGUGGUUGCAACCAAAGGUACCUCCAUCCAGGGACUCUGUAGGGCCCUUUCACCACCAUCAAAAGCACUUCACAGCUACAGCCCCACACCUUUCCCACCCGGCAUCUUGCACCAAGGCUGCAAAGUGUGGCUGCAGCCUUGCUCACUAAGCUGAGCCGUGCUUCUUAUUUCCCUAGUGGGGGUCUGCAGUCACCUCCACUCCUUUCGGUUGUCAAUAGUGGAACUGAGAGCACACCUUAAGGGCUCGGUCAAAGGAAAAAAAAACAAUCACAAUCCACAUGCUAUACUUUAUAAAUAGACCGUCUGGUUUUUAAAUUGAAAAACAACAAUAAUCACUGCUAAGAGCCCGCUGAACAAAAGCAGCCUUAUUGCCACUGGGACAGAUUCAUUCUCACCAACAGAAACAGACAUAUUUUUCAAGCUGCUCUUGAGCUCCUGAAGUUGCUAAUGUCCCGCUGCUUCACGGUGACUGCAAUCAGGUUUUAGCUGCACUCUUCUCCUCUAAGUGCUGUUUCGGGGCAGGGUGGUGGGAGGUCUGGAGAAAGCAGUGCUGAGCUUGGGUGGUGGGGAGCUGAGCAGGGGUGGGAUGGGCUGUGCUGCAGUGGGCACAGCAGCCAGGCAAGCUUGGCUUUCUGUUACUGUUAAGAGAAGGAAUGCUGAGCAGGAAUAGAUAUGGAAGGGGCCACAUACCAUGAUCCAGAGAUCCUUGCUUCCUCACUUCCCAGCACGGUGAGCUCACUGGGAGCCCACUGCUGGCCCAAAUCCAGCCUGCCCCCAACAGUGCCCAGAGCCAGGUGUGCAGCCAAGCAGGUGGGGAAUAGGAGCGCUGGAGCUCACGUUGUUUUAUCUGGGUUUGGGUCCUUGAAUCAGAAGGCUGGACAGCAUUAGCCAUUGCUGAUCCAGAGCCAGCAUCUGAAUGCAUGCGGCAGCGGCUCACAACUGCUGGAUCCCUGCCUGGGUGCUGCUUCAGGCACGGCUGCCAGCAGGCUCGUGCCAUUGGCCUGCUCAUGUCGCUGUCAGAACAAGUGCUGUGGGACUGAUGGGAUGCCACCAUCCUGGGCACACCCUGGCACGGGAGGUGGGGCUGAGAGGGUCUUCUCUGUGCCAGAGUCUGAAUGCGGCCCCUGGGGAGGAAGUAUGGACCUGUAACAUUGACCUAGCAAAUUAUGCUGGCUGCUCCAUGCUGGAAGAUGUCAUUGUGAGCGCAGCACGCGGGUUCAAAUGUUAUGGAGAGAUAAGAAAGGUGCAGCCUUGGAGGUGGAGGAGAAAGGAAAGGAACAAAAACAAUUUAAUAAUGAAUAUAUUAUGUAGACAUGUCAUGCCUCUUGCCUGCUGGCAUGGAUUAAUAUCCAUAAAUCAAAGAGGAAGAGACUGUUUUAAAUGCUGGAGAUGGAGGCUGGUCCUCAGAAAAUUGCUAGAGGGGCAUUAAUAAGGAGAGACAUCUGGGAACAGCUCCAGGUGCAUUGGCUGCAUGCAGGGGAAAUUCUGCAGAACCAGUGUCAGCUGCAAUGUAUUCCUGUGCUGUGGGGACCCUGGGCCCCCAUGUCCCCAUGUGCAGGCUGGAGGAGCCACGAUUGAGGCAGGACUUUCUAUCUGCCUCACCUCUGCUGGGCAUGCAGUCACCAUCUCCCAUCCACCACAGUGACUGGGACCCCAAGGAUGGGAGCUGCAGCUCUCCUAGUGAGCCCCAGGUAUGGGCAGUCCCUGGGUGCUGCCCUGUAGGGUUGUGCUGAGGUUGCCCUAUGCAACCUCCCACAUCCCUGGGCAGGAUUUGUGUAGUGGCACUGCUGCUGGGUGGGGGCUCCUCUGCUUGCCACGCUGCUUGUCAAAGCAGGAGUACAGAGCCCCGGGAUUGCAUUAAUCUAAUUUUGUGUGCAUUUUCGCAGCCCUGAAUUGCAGCUGAGGGGAAAGGAAUGGGAGAAUUUAGCAGUGUGGGUGAACCAGCUGGGGAGGAGCAGCCCCAGGAGAGAGCUCCCAUCGCCACACACAUGUUGGGGGAGAGGUGAGAAACCUGGCUGGUAGCAGGGAUUGCUACAAAGCGUGUGCUUGUGGUAUGAGUGGAUUACAGGGGGAAAGGGAGAAAAAAGGCAGGAAAGCAGCAGGAGGAAAACCACCGGGAUGCUGAGCAAAUGGCCCACGCUGCAGCAGCACUGCUGUUUUUUUUGUGGGGUCUCUUUGAGCUGCAAAGAGGGGAGAAGAGGGAUGGAGGAGGCUGAGCAUUUGGAGACAGCUCAGUGAGCAGCCCCAGGUCCAAACAGCGGAGUGAGGAGCGACUGCGGGAUGGGAACUCCAAGCAAGGGAUCCCCAGGGCUGCUGCAUGCAAACUCGUGUGUGACAAGGGCACGCUCAGAGAGUGGGGAAUUGCUGUCUGUCUACGGCUCUCCCUGAUUUCAUUGUGUUUUGUUUAAUUGAAUUGCACACACACACAAAGCCCCGGUGUGCAGUGUGAACUCUGCAAGGAAAUGAGCAGGAAGUUGAGGAGGGAGCAAAGCAGGCAGGAGGAAAGGGGCAGGAGGAGAGACCUGCAGGGAGGGCAGUGGGCUGGGGUGGGGGCACAGCUCAGACCUUGGGGCCCUUCUGUCAGCUUCUGCUACAACCUGGGCUCCCCUCUGGACACAGGACCCUGACCCAGGAGGAGGCAGCACUGCCUGACUUCCCAUUGCUGCAUAUCUGCAGUGUUAGAUGCAUGUCUGGCCCUGGCUGCAAGCAGAGCCAAGAGCAGUGCUGCUCUGCGAUGCUCUGCGGUGCCGGGGAAGCGCGAGGUUAAAGGAUGCGUGCAUCCUGCCCGGGCUUGCUGUGACAGGCCUCGCAUGUGCUUAGUCACAUCCAGCUAUGAAAACACUCUUGAAACCAAGACAUUGAUUCAAAGGAGCAGCAGCAUUGCACACGCAUCUGCCUGUGCGAAGGAGAACUUCAAAAGGGCUGACAGUCACCAAGCCCAGCGGUAACCUUUGGCUAAUUAGCUGUCUUGAUUUCUUUGCAGUUUAUUUUUACACUUCUCGUGCUCUGAAAUGCAUUUACUGUAAUGUCAGAAAGGUCAUGGUAAAUAAAAAGCUUCCUAGCAAUAACUAUAUCCGCCCCACUGGGCUUUGGGACUGAUAGCUUUUGGGUUAGGCAGGCUGGCAGUGCUUUGCUGAGGGUUUUGCCUUGCACAGGGCUGUGCUGGGGGCAGUAGAGGUUCCUGGGGCAAAGCAGGUAUUUCUGAGGAGUGUGACGGACACAGGGCACGUGUAAAAGUGCUAUCCUGAGGUGAAGACCCAGGUGACUAGAAUGGGGAGAUGAGGUCAGGAAAGCAGUGGGUAGAAAGGUAGGAGCAAUGCUGAAGCUUCUAGAGAGGAGCAGGUGGGACCCUUGUACCUCUGGAAGGAAAAAUCCUGUACCAGCCAGUGAUGCCUCCGCCAGGCAGCUCUUCUAGGCACAGACCCAGCCCUUUCCUCUACUCGUGGAGGGCACUAUGACCACGGCAUGGCCCAAGGGAGCAGGGAGAGUUUGUCUUCAGAUGAAUCAUCCCUUCAGAAGGGAUUUUUGAAAGCCUCGAGCCACUUCAGGGUGGGAGGCACUGCACUCCAUGCAUCACCGCGUGGUGCCACAUCUCCGGUGGGACCUGAGCUCCCCGCCUGCCCUAGCAAAGCCUGCCCAAGAGAAGCUGAUGGGAUGGAUGGCUUCCAUUUGGCCAAGGUGUUGGGGUUAAACUGGGGGUGACCGCAACCCAAGCUACUCCUGCUUCUCUCCACAGGAGCAUGCAGCCCAUGCUGAUUGCCCAUGGGCCUCCUCCUGUGGGCUCCGGUCCCAACACCAGGCAGAGGCGCAAGCACAGGGAGAGCUGUAUCGCCAGAAAUACAAAGGGUGGGAAAACAACUUCAUUAUCUCUGUGCUGUGACCUCCAGUGCAAACCACUCGGUGUGUGGCUCCCCUGUAUUGCGCACAAAGAUCAGUGGAAGGAAGCGCGGUGUUGAGAAGAGACCAUUGCCUUAAUGAGCAGAAAUAAAGCCACUCUCUGCCCCCAGAUCAGCACGAUGCAGGCAAGGAGAGCUCUGAAUACCUGCAGAUGGGUGGCGGGCGCCCAAGCACUUCAAAUAGCCCUCAUCCCAUCUGCUGUGCUCUGCCUGGGUGCCAGCACUCAGGACAGCCCUGGCUACUUGUUGGAGAACUCAGCACCAAUUAAAAUCUGAGCUGCUUCUCCUUUGAAUGGCAGAGAAACAAAGCUGGUAAAUUCAACCUUUGGCUUCCCCCCCCCCCCCAAAUUGCAUCAGGAGUUGAAGAGACAGAACAGCACUGAGUGCGAUUGCCGUGGAAAGCUGCUGGCUCUGCUGGCAGAGCUGUGCUGGAGUCGGUAGCCCUGCUGCUUAGCUCCAGAUCUUUAAUUUUAAGGGUCAGAUAAUUACAAACUCUCUUGGAGAAGUUAAUAGGAAGUUUACCUUUGCCUCAGCUGUGUAAAACCAACAAGAAAUUCCCAACUGCCCACAGUGAUACACUCCAAUUUCCCAUCCCACCCUUCCUGCAAGGCGAGCUUAUCACAUUUUCCUUUCUGAACCUGCUCCUGCAGUUAAUGCUCACACUGCCUGAUCAGAACCCAAACAUCUCAGAUGGCAGGUAAUAGGACAAGGGGCUUUGCUUUGGGGCUGACAGGUGCCCUCAUCAGAGCCCUCUCACAUGGCCAGAGCCACCACACAAUGCAGGGACUGUGUAAAGAAGUUGGUACCGCUGGGGAAGGGAAGGUCCCGAGCUCCUAGGUCACACAUCUACAGGUGCACAUAUGUUAUUUGUACCCCACAUCAUAGCUGCUGCCUGCAUCUGCAGACUCCCUCCACUGAUGCCUCUCUCUGAGUCACAGCUGCGUAAAACUCCUUGGCAGACCUGGGGGAUGAGAGACGUGGUGAAACCCUCAACACGAGGCUUUCAUCAGAGGUGCGGCAAUUAAUUACCAGGUAACGGCUUUCUCCCGUUUAAGACCUGGAGGCAGGGGGAGAGCUGGCUCCUGCAGCUGUCACCCCCAAAGGGUGGCUCAGACCCACGGAUGUUGUGGGGCUGCUCCGUGGGGCUGCAUUUUGGGUGACUGAGUUCGCUGCUUUCCAAGGAGCUGGGGAGCUCGGCGAGGAGCUGGUGGGUGGACCUGAGUGGGAUUUCUCCUGCACGGAGGACUCUGACAAUUCUCCGUGCAUGUCUGGCUGCGUUAAAUGACUCUUUAUUUGGCUGCCGCUCAAAAAAGAGCCUCAUAUGAGACUUGUAGAGGAUGCUGCUUCCAAAGGGUGGGAAUUCGCCCCAUGUAUCCUCAUGUACAGGCUGUGUCAAUCCCGAGCCCACAGUGUUAUGCCAUGCAAAACAAAGAGGGGAUAACUGCCAGGAACCAGUGCCCUGAUAGGACUGGACCCACACCAUGGGAUGCGCUGCUGGGAAGCAGCCCAGCACGAGGGAGGACUGCCCCAUCCAACCUCACUCUGAGAGCAAGGGCAAGGAGUAAGACAUCAGUGGGAUCAUUAAUUUCAUUGUGGGUUUGCAAGCAGGGAAAUCUGCUCCUUCCUCUCUGCAGAGUCAGCAGCUCCCCACGCCAUGUAUUACACUUUAUUCUGUAAGUGCAAAGUGAUUUCCAUUGAGGGUGAGGACACACUGAAGCACAGAGAAAAAGGAGAAUAAUAUCUUAUCUUCCUUUAAUCCCCACCAUCCCAAAGGGUCGUGGUGCUGUUAGCUUCCCUUUCUAUAUGUACGCACAGUUAAUUAGCAUUACUAGAGAACUGCAGGUAUUCUCAGACUUAGUGGAGGGAAUAUCUUGUAAUAGGACGGUAAGCAAAUUGUUUCUGCUGUUUCUAUUACAGCCAGCUUUGAUUAUCCAGGGUAAUGGGAUAACAGGGACAAAGCAAAAACGUGGAUAACGUGAAACCUAUGCAAAUGAAGCUGAGAAAAAAGUGAUGCUGAGAGUAAUGGAGGAAAGAAAGGUCAGCAAUGCUGAUGAAGGAGCAUGGAGAACCCAGUGCUAGCACUGCCAUGAGCCCACAAACCGAUGCAUGAUGGUACCUGGGUUGGAUGCUUCUGCCCUGGGCACAGAACUGCUUGUGAGUAGCUGUGGGAUGAUGGUGGCCCCGCAGAUCUCUAGGUCCUGGCCCUACCAAGGAAGCAGAGACAUCCCCUGGAUGGCACAGCCAAGUUAUAGCACAGGGAGGGGAGCUGCAUUAAAGCCGAGCACUUCAAAGACUCCACAUGAGGGAUAUGUCAUUAAAAUAAAUAAGAUUUGGGCACCCAACCCUCCUCCUCCUUACACGAGCAGGAAGAAGCCCAAUUUAAAGGUCAGCAUCUUAAAAUCUUUUGCUGUGUAUAUACCAGGAUAACUCAGCUCCAAACAGAAACCCCGCACCCACUUGAUGAGCCGCUCCUUGAAGGAGCAUGGCAGGAGCACUGCGAGCCCCAUCGGUGCAGGGAUAGGGGCUGUGAUAAAGCAGGAAGGGAGAUGAUAGAGGAGCUCCAAGAAGAGCCAGCUCCAGCCACGUCUCCUUGUGCAGAGGACCAGCCCCCAGCAGCCCUUGAGCUGCUCUGCAGGCGCCCAUCCCUAAAGGGGAAUUUCAAAUCCUCAACACCAGCGUCAUGGAGGCAGCUCUGCGAAAUCUCUGGUGGUGGUGGGUGGAUGGAAAGGGCACCCGUGGAGAUGAGCCAGAAAGAGGAGAGGGAGGAAUCUUGGGGGAAGACUGACCUUCUUAAUAGGUUUUAUUGAUUUAACCCAAAGAGAGAACAGUAGGGGGAAAUUUAUGCCAUUUAAAUGCAAACCAGCAAUAAAAAUAAUCAUUAGAGUCAUAAUCUCAAUCUGUUAGCAUUUUAUGUAGAAAUGAGCUUAAUGGGAAAUGUUUUCCAUGUAAACUAUUUGCAUUUACUUAGUACGAAUAAGCCUCUUAAAUAUAAUUCAGUCAUUACCACAGAGUUUUAUUAAGGGGUUGGUUUGGAUCCUAACUGCUUUCAAGUGUCUGAUUUGGGAAAGCUGCUGGCCCACCCCAGCCAGGAUCUAAUAUCCAUAUCCCCAUGGAUAUUCUUGUUUCCACACUGAAAAUACGCGUGGAUUUUGAUGGCAUUCAGAAAAUGUCACUCUUCUCCCAAACUGCACUGAGAUUUUGGGACUGACCAAGGAAGGGCUGUGUUUCUCAGUCAUAUAUCAGGGUCUUUUCAGAGGAAAAGUGACUUCAGAGCACAUUUCCAGGCCCUUCAUUUCCUAGAAGCAGUGAGAAGCACCUGACAAUCUUUCCUAGCUUUCUCCCUACUAAAAGAGGAGGAAAACGUGGCCCACAGGGAGGGGAAAUCAGAGGUGCCCAGCAGCUCUGAAGAGGCUUUUUCUGGCCACUGCCCUGCCCCCAGGAUCAGUCCCCAUGGGGACACGGCGCUGUUCAUGUGCAGAUGCUCCAGGGAGGUGACCAGCCCUGUGCCACCCACGCCACGCGCACCUCAGCCGCAAAGAGAGCAAUAAAUACCCUCUUCUGCCUGGGGACACCUUUUAAUCUUCUUGCUAGAUUUUCAUGCCCCAGUCUGGAGGCUCAGUGGGGCCGGCCAUGAUCUCAUUUUGCAUCCCACCCACGGGGCUCUGCACAGCCGAGCCUGCUGAUUGUGCCACGUGCCGGUAGGGGCCAGGGUCGCUGGUUCAUGGCAUCUCAUCCCUCCACAACAGCCCACAUCCUAUCCCACAAGGGAAGGCAUCCUAUGGAGGUGGUGGUGGAGAUGCAACCAAGGGCUGGACCUUGCUGGUGGCAGGACACGUGCAGACACCAGGAGCCCAAGCAGUGACUCUCUGGGAUGCCAUGGCAGAUGCUGCCACACAGGGCUCGAAGGGUGGAUGGUGCUGCUCGGCACAUCGCUCCAUUGGGUCAGGUGGUGCUGCCCACCUGGUGCAUUUGGGGCUUCAGGUCUCUUCCCCCACUCCCUUGGGUCAGGUGAGUCCAGGUGAGCCCCCAGAUUUUGCAAAAAAGCUGGGUGACUUCAGGCUGUGUGUGAGGUUACCCUCACCAGGCUCAGCUAAGAGUAAUCAGAGCUUCAGGCCAUAAGCCGAUUCCUUGUACAUCUCAGGAAGGAAUUAGCCCUGUCUCCCUCACCCCGUGCUACCGUGCAGCAUUUGCACAGCUCACAGAACAUGCACGUCCUGGUGCAGAUCUUGUCCCAGAGUGACAAGGGACCUAUAGGAGACAGGGGACCCCGGUGCCAGCCACCAUCCCUCCAUCCCCAAGUCUCCUGCCUUGUUUCUCCCCCACCUUCAGCUUCUGCAGGCAGCAGGGAUUCCUCUGUGUUUGCUGAGCAACGUGUUGCCGUCUGCAAUAGCUCACCCUGGCUGGAAGCUCAUCCUUGUAUGUAAAUACCGUGUGCAACCGUGUCUUCAUUUCAUGCUAUGGAAGUGCAUCCAAAGCAGCUAAGCAGACUUUCUCUGCAGUGUGGAUGGUGUAAAUGAUCCAAAUUUAACAUGUGGUUACGUGGUCUGAAGAUUUCAUUGAGCUUUUAGGUCAGCGGCACUAUAACUGCAGUCCAGCCUCCUGGCUGCUGUUUUGCCCAGGGGUUUAAAGCAAAUUGGGCUGUUAAGCUCCAUCCUUCUGAUGCACAGAAAUGAGUCCAGUUCGUAAGCAGAAGGAGUGGCUGCUGCAGGCAGGUGGAUCAUAACCCACCUGAAAACCAAAGACCAGAGCCUUGCCCAGCAGCUCUGAAGGGCAGCAGGUUCUGGCUGACAACACAUCCACAGACUGGGUUAUUUUGCUAUAGUGUAUUUGACUUGUGAAAUGAAGGUAAUGAAUGGUUCUGAGGUCAAAGCUGUUAUUCAAAAGCAAUAUUGCUAUCACUGCUUCCAUCUGUAAGCCUUGCUAUUCAGAAGCCAGCACUAUCACAGAACUGCAAGACAAGUCAUUGCCGGUGGUCUGCCAGGUGGGUCACUGAGCCAGUCUGGGAUGAGGGGACCACUGAGGAGAGACGUGGCACCAGCAGUCCAGGACCCAUCCCACGUCCCUGUCCCAGUACCAGGUGGCACCGGCGCAGGGAUGAGGAGCUGGGAAGGAGCUGCAUGUCCCUGUGCCCAGUCUUGUGCCACGUGGCAGGUUCCCAAGCAGCUGGGAGAGGAUGACAAUUUCUUUUGCCAGUUUUCUAAUUUAUCUAAUGAGCAAGAAAAUAAAUCAAGCUGACGGUCACCCAGGUGGUUCUGAGCCUUUGCCGGCUCCUCACAGUCCCCUUGUUCCUCCAGCCCAUUUGAUAGCAGGGUUAUAACCUGAGGACGUGGCAAUAAUUCCUCCUAUAAUCUUUUCUUUCCUAACGUCACUUAGCAGAUGGAGUCAUUUAGAGGUGCUCAUGUUUAAAUGAGUGGCUUGCCCUGAAAGGGACGGAGCUGGGGCUGCUGGCAAGAUGUUUGGGAUCGUUAGCCUAGAAAAUGCUUAGCGGGGGAAGCAGUUGGCAGGCAGAUUUCACGGACAUGGCGCUGGCAUCCUCUGCCAGCAAAAUUACAAGGCUGAAAUCCUGGAGCUGGAUGGGGCCAAACUGUUCACAGUAAACAAUUUAAUUGAUGAAUGAAGUGGAUUGCCCAGGAGAAGAUGGUUUUCAGUCAUCUGCUCGUUGCACGAAGCCGCUUGAAGAAGGGGCCAUGCCAUCGAGUGUCACCAGCUGCCCAUGUAGGCAUGGACUGGCUGGGGGUCCCCAACCCCACACCCUCUUGGACCUCUGCCUCCAAAAUGAGCAGCCCAGUGCCAUGAGCACAGCCAACUCCAAGCUUGCCUGCUUCAUCUCACCAAACGCAUUCUGCUUGCCUACAGAUCCUGCUGCUAUCAGGCCAUCGCGGCUAGAGCAGUGACGCUACCACGCUGAAGAUGUCGGUGCUGGUUUGAAAGGGACUCUACACAACAUGAAAAAGAGCAAAGCCAAACUAAACAUCAACACUUCCUUGUCAGCCUCUGCAAGAAGCGCGGUGGCAGCCUCAGAGGACUCUCCUCUACAACCCUCUGACCCCCUGCACAAUACCGCAUGGCUGCCUGCAUAGGCUCCUUUCAUUUGGUCUAAUAGAGUAAACUACCUCUCCAUCUCUUCCAAAGUGAAUAGCCAUGAAAAUGUACAUUGAGAUGAAAGUUUGCAACCCUUGAAAAUAUCCUCUUUCUUGUGAAAGGGCUUCUCGGAAAGGAACACAAGGGACAAUGAUUGCCAAGGAAGGGGGAGAUACUGCUCGUGCUGGCUGGGCAGCAUUUGACCCUGUCCAUGCAGAGGUUGGGGAGAAGAAGGAGGAAGGAGACAAGGGGUUGAGACCAGCAGCUGCAAUCACUGCCCUGCAGGAGCAACAUGUCUGUGUCCACAGAGACCAAUCUCAAAUUAUUCAGCCUAAGAGUUCACAAACUCUUAUUCUGCUGCUUUCUGGCAGGCACACUGCUUUCUCUGCAAGUCCCAUUUAAAUCUUUGGUAACUCAGUGCAGGAUGAUAUAACACUCAAUUGUGAAAACCCUACAGGAGACUUUGAUGCAAGCAUCUUCAAGACACAGGGCUUAUCAGUUCAAAUAACACAACUGUCCUUUAUCUUUUGUGUCCCAGCCUGUUUUGGCACUCGUAUUUGUAAUUUGUUGCCUGGCUCUGGGUCUGGCUCCAGCAGAACACUCACUGCUGUCCAUCUGUCUGCACUGCUGAUGUUUCCGUGUCUGCCUAAGGGACCUGAGCACCUACACUCUGCUUAUCUUUGCGUCCUCAUUGGCUAAAAACCUCUUUGGCAGUGGGCCUUGGGAGCUGGAGACUUGUAGGUGCUUUCCAAUGAGCGGCCCCAACCCAAGUUGCUCAUCAGUCCCUGCCUCCCAGCAACAACUGCACCCUCUCCGUCCCAUAUGGCCUUGAGCGAUGCCCAUACACCCAGCACUACCAUCCCACCCUGGCUCAAGCCCAUGCACCCGCGCGCCUUUUGCUGGCACUACAUUUUCUUCAAAAAAGGACAAACGAGGUAAAAGAAGAAAAGGUGAAAACAUGAUAAUAGCUGUGGGAAAAGGCCACUGCUAUAGAUUUUACAAUGCUGGAAAUGGAAGCUCUGAGAAAAGUUUUUCUCCUGAAAUUAUUCUUUUCAGUCUCAACAGCACACCGAAGAAAAGUUUAAGCACACUUUUUAACACCUUUUGUACUCAAAAUCCAAAUUCACUUGUCUACCCAAGCAAUAACACGAAUAAUCUUUUUUUAUCCAGCUGCACAUUCUGCUGUCGAAAUUUGUUUCCAUUAAACUGUUCCCUUUUGUCCUCUUAAAAAGCAUAUUUUAAAUAAUAACAGUGCAAAAAAAAAAUAAAAUUAUACUCUAUCCGAAAACUCAA